CUAGUGUGACGUCACGAGCAAAAACAAGGAUCACAAGCGAUUGUUUAAAAGCUAGCUAGCUCGGUUAAAUGAUAAAUACAUAUAAUAAUCUGCUUUGGUGAGCAGUCGUUACUUGUUGAACCCCCACGCCCACACUGAAAACGUUCGACACGUUAGGUUGGACAAUGGUUUAUAUCAUUUGUAGUUGUGUACGAUUUGUUGACCGUUUGAUGCCGUUAACGUUAGUUAGCAUACGAAUGCUACCGUUAAGCUAAGGAGUCAUAUUAGCUGUUCAGCAGACAGUUGGAGUUGACAUGAAGGUAAUUCAUGUCAGUAAACAUCAGGUUGGGUUCCGUUGGGUCAACCCUUUAACGUUUAUAAUUUAACGAAUACCUGUUUAUUGUUCAUUGCAUGAAGUAGCCACAACAACAUGUAGUGUAGUUGACUAGACUAGACUGCUCUGCGAUAAUGGCGUACCACCUAAACAACAUGUGGUAGAAUUUUCCAAGAAGAAAACUUUGUCUCACACUUUUAACCUUCUACGCAAACACGCGGAAUUCCGUUGUGUAACAGUUGUCAGACACUGGACACUGGCACAGUUUGUCAUGUCGGCCCUGGACACUCUUAUAGUCACGUUUCAGACCCAGCUCUCGGAUGUGAUGGAGACUGUGGUAAAGACAGCCAUGUAUGAGGUCACCAGGCUAGUGGAGGACGGCUUCUUGGAGGAGGUGAAGCGCAGGAGCCAGGAGGUGGAGUCUCUGAGGAUGCAGCUGCAGUGGACUGAAAAGAAAUUAAGUGGCCAAGAGGGGAAAGAAGGAGGGAAGAGCAGAAGGUGUGUUGACUGUGCUAAGAAGGAUGUAGACCUGUCCACAGACACUGCAGAGGAGAGGUCGAAAGACCAGCAUGACGAUGUGUUGAGUGGAUGUGGUGUGAAACAAGAGGGCAGUUCUGUGGAAAGAUGGACAAAAAGCCACAGACAAGAAGUCAUAUCAGAGCUACCACAGGAGGCAGACUGUCCUACUGCUACUCUCAGCCCUGAGAGGGAACCACAGGUAACAGAAGAAGAGGAUUUGAUGCCUGCUGUGGAUGUGAAGGAAGAAGAGGUUAAUAAGCCGUCUUGUUCAUCCAUGCAUUUGGGAGGCUGGAGCGUUACUCUGGAUGGCGAAGCAGGACUUGAAUCACACAGUGCUACUGAUAUGACCGAGGCACAACCAAAACAGACUCAAGAGAACACUGAGGAAUUAUUGAGGAAUAUCAUCAAGCAAGGCCCACAGAUAUCUGCUUCAUAUGGCUUUUCGGAAGGACAGGAGGAAACACAUAUGGCUACAGAUACAUCUCAUGUCUCAUCUUUGGAAAUGGACGCCAGUUGGGCUGGACUUCUGCAGAAUCACAGACUUGGGACUGAAAAGGAUCACGAUUCAGCAAAAACUAGAGGUUCUCUAAAGCGUGCAGAACAUGAACUGUCUGACUCUGUCACAGCAGAUGUUCACGCUCAGGUUACUCCAGGCAGAGAACCGAUUUCAACCUCAGGAUCCCCCAAGACAAGACUGCAAAACAGCACAGCGUUGGGUGUGACGAUAAAGCAGGAAGUUAUUGUUGAUUCUGACGGAUGUGAGGAAAGUGAGCAUAUGGAAAAGAAAGAAAUGCCAAAGUCUGGGCUGGCAUCUUUCUCAUGCUCGGUGAAACAGCACAGGCUGAGUUCAGAGGCACCCAAACAGAACCACAAUUCCCAGAAAGCCACUGUGCAGGAGGUUAUGAAGCUGCAUUCCAAAGUGGGUACAGGUCUCAGAUUGCAGGCUGCUAUACAGCACCUCCACCGACCGAUGAAAAAAACCUCUCUCACGCUCUCGAACACUACCACGGCAGCACUGUCUAUAGCUCAUUCUCAGGUUUUAAACUUAAAUCCCCUCAACAGAAUCCCCUCCACAUCCAAAGCCGCUCCACCUCCUCCACUCUCUGUCCAGCGAGUUCAUUUGGGCGACAAACAAGCUGCAGCACUUAACCGAACUGGUGCCCCGUGGGUCAGCAUCAGAUCCCAGCAUCCGUGUGCAAACUCUCAUCAUGCCAACCCCGUGCCCCAUUCAGACUCUCACACUGGUCCCAGACACCUCCUGCGCUGUGGCCAGUGCGGAAAGUGCUUUCCCCACCCCAGCAACCUGAAGGCUCACCUGCAGACUCACACAGGUGAGCGGCCUUUCUGUUGCUCCCUCUGUGGCCGCAGCUUCACCAAGCUGAGCAACCUCAAAGCCCACCGGCGCGUCCACACCGGAGAGAGACCGUACUGCUGCUUGGCUUGUGGCAAACGCUUCACCCAGAAAUGUAACCUGAAACGUCACCAGAGGAUCCAUCUGGAUGUAUGAUGACGGACAGCCAGUGACAAAAAGACACAUUUGGUGUGUUUUGUUUCUUUUAGAUUAAGAUGCUACAGUGUUUACUUUGCAGUGCAGUUCACUUGAUGUGAUGCAUUGCAAUAAUGCUUCUUGUGUACUUGUCUCUUGAAGUGAUUGUCCCAAGUUCUUCUGUGCAUUCCAGAAAGGUUCAUCUAGUAACGUCUGGAGGUGUUUUAAUGUUAUUAAAGCCGUGUGUUUUGAAAUAUAUCAUGCGCAGAGAUAGGCCAGUUGUCACUAUUGGUCAAUAAAAGACUAUUCAUUCAGUGAACACUAAUAUUCUUUCAUUAUAUCAAUUGCACCAUGCCUGUGAGAGAAAAGCACUUAGCAACCAUGGAUAUUAAACCCCCUUUUUGUACUUUUUUGGUUGUGUUUUUGUUUCUAUAUCCAACAAUUUUUAUAUGAUUUUAUUCCUAUUGAUGCAUUUAUUAGUAUAAAUAUAUGAGAUUGUUGUUAAUUUCACUUGAUAAUAGCUAUUGGAGGCAUUAAGGAAUAAAAAAAACAUGAAAUGAUCUUUAAAAAAUUCAAA